AAAAAAAUAUUUUUACUGUGAAACAGGUUCUAAAAUAAUUGAUUAACAAUUUUAUUAAUUUAAUUAUGUAUAUUAAAAUGAUAUUAUAAGCCAUAAGUGGUGAAUUUAAAUUGUACAAAGUUUCUUUUAUAUAAUUGCAUGUAGUUGAUGUGCUAAUGCGUCUUUAUACGGACGUAAUGCGCAAUUUAUUCAUUUUAUAUUGUUAUGUGGGGUGAAUAGAAGCUUCUAAUUUUUUCUAUCAAAUCGUUAUGGACAACGAAUCAUAGUGAAUGAAUAAAUGUAUUCGUCGGUUGUAAAGUGAAGGGUUUCAUCAUGAAUUAAAUACACUAAAUGUAGUUUUUUAUAUCAUUUAAAUGCUUUAACUUUAAAGUAACUUAUAGUUAAUAUAUUAACAAAAUCAGAAAUUAACUAUUCAUCAAAAAAUGGCUUUUGAAUCUGGCAAUUCAAAAUACUCAUCAGAUAUUCCGCAACUAAAUAAUUAUGAAGCAAGUACAUUAAAUUAUUCAUCAUACAAUUGUCGAGCUGGUCAAAUGGAUGAAAAUCGUGAUAUUAAUAGUUUUAAUCAUAAGAAAAUGAAUCAAGGUAAUGCACAUCAAUCGCCUAUUAAAAAUUCAACUAACAAUCAAAUUAAAAAAAUCGACGCUUCAACAAUGACCGAUCCUUUGUCGAUUGAUUUUCGACGAACCUCGGAAUAUUUAGCAAGAUGUUCUAAUUCAUUAGGAAUUAAUCGAGUAUCACAAUACGAUUCUACUUUCAACAGUUGUCUAUCUGAAGGUAUUGUAAUAUUGCACUGUCCAGAAUGCCCGACAAAAUUCGAAGAUCAAGACACAUUUCAUGCUCAUUUAGAGGAGCACAGACAACGACCUCAUAUUUGCGAUAUUUGUGGUGCUAGUCUCAAACGUAAAGAACAUUUAGAUCGUCAUAAACAAGGACAUAACAAGGAUAGACCCUACAAAUGUUCUCUUUGCUGUAAAGCCUUCAAACGUAAUGAGCAUCUUGCUCGUCAUAUGAUAAUUCAUUCUGGUAGUAAAAAUCAAAUAUGUUCCAAAUGUGGCAAAGCUUUCUUUAGAAAAGACCAUUUGAAGAAACAUCUUCAAAGUCAUAUUUCUAAUAAUAAAAUGAACAUUCAACCGCAGUAUCAUAAUAGCAACAAUAAUACAAAUAUUAAUAAUAAUAAUGAUAAUAACAAAAAUGACGAUGCUAAUAAUAAUGAAGACCGUGGAAACCCAAAUGGAGAAACUCUUGGUAAUAUUGCCAUGAUGGUACGACAAUUAAGAACAUCACCAUUCUCUAUUCUUCGUACUUAGUUUUUAUAAUUCGUGAUAAAAGAAAUGAACUUACAAAGGUUGUAAUCUAUGAAUUGUUAUUAAAUAAUAAUGAAGCUUUUUUAUUAAUUCUUUGUAUUUGUAUACGUACUUAUAGAAUGAACAUAAAAUGUUAAUGGAAAGUAAGUUUUCGUUAUUGAUUUAUAUAACUUAUUAUGAUGUAUUUUUUACUUGAUUGAUGGUUUAUUAUUAAAGUAAUUAA